UUUACAAGCACAUAAUGAGAAGCUAUUCACGUACCUGUUCAAUCAUUUCUUACAUAGCUCCAACUACAAAGUAAUUAGAAUUUCGUAAUGAGCUACAGCUAAUUUUUUAACGUCUAAUUUAAUUAAUUUGUCCGUUUAUUACAUUGAACGCUUCAACAUUUACUGUUGUGCUUCAUUUCAUUUUACUUAACCCCUAAGGUAUUUACUCAGAAACUACUAUGACGGGAGAUUUCCGCACUGUUUCAUUAAGAGUUGUGUGAAAUAUUUUUGUGGUGUAAUUAUCUGCGCCUUACCAUAAGCUUCAAAAGACUCUUACAAGUACUUAGUUCCUUGUUCAAGAUGAUGGAAGAACAAAUGUUUGAUUUGAAAAGAGGUGGAAUGAUGUAUAAAGCAGCUGGUGCUGCUCAAUUACGCAAGUAUGGCCAAUACUUUGAAUAUUUGGAAAAUACAUGCUGGCAAGUGUCUCCAGCUCUCGAGUACAUUGCUGAAGGGCCAGUCAGACUCACCUACAAAAUUAAUGAAGACAUAAAUGUAUCAUCUCUUGCAGAAACUGGAAAUACAUUUUUUUCUAAAAUACUUACUACUGUUUGUGGAACAUGUAGAGAGAUAAGACUUUUGAAGGCUGAAGCUAAAAAAUUUUAUAAUAAACUCAUCAUUCAUGGCGAACAGUGCACUGAUCACACAGUCUAUAAAAUUGGAAGUCUAUUCUUGGAUUUGCAAGAUCUGUCAAUAUAUGUAAAUAGAAUUUCCACAGUUAUCUAUCUAAUUAUUCAACAGUUAUCGUAUUUGGCUCACAGUACUCAUAGAGAGAUAUAUUUACCACUCCUUAUUGAACACUUAAUCGAUUUAUUUGUUAUACUUGUUACUUUCGAUGAAGUAAUUAGUGGACAGCCUGCUAUAAUCGAGCAAUGGAAAAUUUACCAAAUUAAGGUGAGGUCAGUUAUUCAUAACUCGUUGUACUCAAAUACACCCCACAAGGAAAUACUAUCUUAUGAAAAAUUGCUGAAAAACCUUCACAGUCAACUUCUCUCCAAGACUCUAUUUUUAAAAUCCAUUGAGCACGUUAUGGAUAUAAACAAAUCAGCAGUAAUGGGUAAUCAUAUAAUUUGCUUCUUAAAAAACAUUAUGCUGCAUAUAGAGGAUAAAGUUAGUAAUAACGUAGUGGUUCAUAGAAAUUGGAUCCGAGCUAACGUAGGGGUGGUUGUUCUUUUUAAGCUGUUCGGAGUUUGUGACAAAAAGUUAUUAAAGAGAGUCGUUGACGUGAAUAAGAAGCUGUACGUGGUUAGUCUUUUUGGUAACGUAGUUUGGCUACCUCAAGAUUUUCUGGUCAAUCGCCUACCAAGAGAGGGUUUAUCUUCCAUAUCAACACAGGCUGGUGAAAAGUUUCUCGCUGCGCGGAUGCAGAAGUUUCCCGUCAUUGUCAAUAACCUGGUGCAAAGAGCAAUGCUGUGGUGCAUUGAAAUGAAGGUCCUGAUAAUCAAAACAGGUUUUCAGAUAUUCUCAGAGAUUGAGCGCAAAAGAAACCUUUUGCUCGAUAUUUUAGCAUUAGUGUGCCAAAUGCGAGAAGAUGUCUUGGUAGUGACAAAUUUGCAUGGAUUUCUGAUGAAGCCAAUGAGCCGGUCUACAGUUCAAUUAGUUUGUCGACUUGUUGAGGCUCAAAAAGCCUUAGAGAUAAGUUUUUACACAUUCGCACCGAGAAUAGUGUUAGCCCAGAGCCAAGUGCUACAGCAGCUAACCUACCAAAUUUUGGCGAUCCUCGAGUUGGUGCGCAAGGCUCUUGGACAGACAGGUACUGGUAGCGGAGGUGCUGUUAGUUACAGUAGCGAGCGUUUGGAUGCGCUUUCACUGAUCUGUUUAAGCGCUCGAUUGCUUAACGGCCCUGCCAGCCCAGAGCGCCGUCUUGUGCUACGCUGUGCCUUAGUAUGUGCGAGUCAACUCACUGAAAAUUUUCGCGAAGAUGAAGUCAUUCGGUUGCGCUUUUUUCUCGACACCUACGAUGCAAUUAUUGAUCUCUUUGAGCAGUUGGCCUUCAACUGUGACUAUUUAGUGCUACUGCAACAGCAAGCAAUGCUUCCGGCAUAUCUAACACUUGCAGCUGAGACUGGGGUUGGACCGCUUGGACAUCUCAGUCGUAUGUUGCAAGCCUUUAACAGUGCUGUACUACAGCAAAAGUCAGCCGUUAUGCCCAUAUUUCGGCUGGCAGAGAAGCGUAGCACACUCAGUUGUUGUCUUCUAGAGCCAACCUGUCGUGAUAUGGAAACGGAACUGCGGUUACACGUGUAUUCUCAUCUGAGGACUAGUAUGGACAGUGUGAAUACAAUCACCAGAUUACGUGAUGGCACCCGCCUCGUACGGGCUGAGCCGUUGAUCCUUAUCGGUGGCUUGCUGUUAUCCGGUCGGCGCUACGUUGAGCACUAUCUUGACGUAACAUUUUACAAUUUGACAAGUGUCGCACUCCAUGACUGGCGUGCUUAUGACAGCAUGCAUGCUCUAGCUAAGCAUAAAUUUCGUAUUGAGAACGUAUCUGAGCAGCUUCCUACUCAGACGCUUGAGCAAGGCCUUGAUGCGCUUGAGAUUAUGCGUAACAUUCACGUUUUUGUUUCAUGCUAUUUUUAUAACUUACAUAUGCAAACGUUUAUCGAGCAGAUGAGUACAGGCCGGCAUCUCAACACUAUCGGUAUUCGUCACGUAGCCAACUCCAUUCGCACUCAUGGCAUUGGUAUCAUAAGUACCAGUGUUAACUUUGUUUACCAGUUCCUGUGCGUCAAGCUGCACACUCUGUCUCAAUUCCUCUUCGAUGAACACAUCAAGUCUCGCUUAAGUCGUGAUAUUCAUUAUGUGCGAUUACAGAAAGAACGUGUUGCUCUGGCCUACGGCUACGAGCGUGCUGAAAAGUUUCAAAGGGCUAUUCGGAAGCUUGGAAUGACUUCCGAGGGUCUUAGCUAUCUUGACCAGUUUCGCCAGCUAAUAACCCAAAUUGGCAAUGCUUUGGGGUACGUGCGUCUCAUCCGCUCAGCGGGUCUACAUGCAUCAGCCAAAACAGUCGCAUUUCUACCACCAAAAGUCUGUCAUGUUAGCCCUAGUGCUGAAAACUACGCCAGAAAAGUUAGCAUGAGGUUUAGUUUAAAAUCGGUGCAAGCAGCGGCCAAUCGAUUAGACGCUGAUCUUGCUAAUCUUGGGCGGAAUUUCACUGAAGGGACUCACUACUUUCAACUGCUCGUAGAUGUGUUUGCGGUAGCCUUCCGAGAUCCUGGCAAAUAUAAGCAUCUACAGCAGUUCUAUGCCAUCAUACCGCCACUUACACUGAGUUUUAUUGACUGUACACUUGACAGCAAGGAAAAGCUUUUCAAAAAAAAAAACUCUGGCGCAGCCUUCACUGACGACGGGUUUGCCAUCGGAUUGGCCUACAUCAACGCCCUACUUGGACAAAGUAGCGUGUUCGAUAGUCUGCAGUGGUUUAAGACCGUGCAAAAGCACCUUAUUAUUCAGAAAGACGCUGUUAAAAGUCAAGCUGAGCACGAGGAUGAAAAGCUGCGUCAGACUAGGGCAUUAACUCUUAAACGACUUGAAGAGAGAAGUGCUGAGUUUCAGCUGCUUUACUACACUCUAUCAGGAGCACGAGUUCUUUUUAAAUAAUUUAAUAUAAUGAUGCAUGAACUUUCCCUUUUUUUAUGUGAAUAGGAUUUUCAGAAAUUUUUAUUUUUAGUUUACACAAAAAAAAAAAAAAAAAAUGUAUACGUAUUACGGUGAUCAAAAGGAAUUGUCUGACCGCCCAUUGGCAAUUUUACUGUCAUCAAAUAAACUUUUCUAUUUGGUUUUUUCUACCCUCCUUUAUUAUGCAUGAAUUUUUUACU